AUGGAGGUGGCAGCAUUCAGGGCCAUGCUGCACUUCAUCUACACCGACACGGUGCCCGAGCUUGAUCAACCGCUCGAGGUGGUGGCGACGCUCGCUCAGCAUCUGCUUGCGGCUGCUGACUGGUACGUUCUCGAUAGGCUCAAGCUGAUUUGUGAAGUAAAGCUCUCUGGUGGCAUCACUGUCGACACCGCAGCGACAACUCUUGCUUUGGCGGAGCAGCACAAUUGCUCGAAGCUCAAGGCCAAAUGUGUCGAGUUCAUCGUCAGCACUCCUGCAGUUCUUGAUGACGUGUUGGCGAUGGAGGGGUAUAGGCACCUGGAGGCAAGCUGCCGUUCGGUCUUGACUGAGCUUCUCAAGUCUGUCCAUGGGAGGAAGUGUUGA